CUUUUUAAAACUCUGUGUUGUAGAUUUUGCUCUCGUGGUCGGACGUUGUGUUUGCCGUAAAUUCGUUGCCAAAUAAUUUUUAAUUUAAAGAAAAAAAAUCUUAUUUAGAGCUGCUGCGCUGCGGUUGGCUAAUAAUAUAAAUUAUUAUUUAAGAAAAAUACAAACUCCGAACGCACAACAAACUUAAGCAUAGAAUUAAAAAACACAAACUUCCAACAUGGAUCCCGAAGCAUUUUUAGAUAUGGCCAAUCAGGUCAUUAAAUUGAAAAUGUUCCCAUAUUUCGAUAUAGCACACAGUUUAUUAGCCGCCCUAGCAGUACGUGAAGAUUUAGGUUCAAAUGCUCAGGCCUUCUCCCGCAAACAUCCGUUGGCCUGUUGGCUAUCCACCAUGUUGGUGAUAUUUUCGGGUGCUAUGGUAGCCAAUGGCUUGUUGGGUGAGCCCAUAUUGUCGCCCCUCAAAAAUACACCACAAUUAAUGGUGGGCACAGUUGUUUGGUACAUGGUAUUUUAUACUCCCUUUGAUAUUGGUUACAAAGUUGCGAAAUUUUUGCCCAUUAAAGUGGUGGCCAGUGCUAUGAAAGAAAUUUAUCGUGCCAAAAAGGUGUAUGAUGGUGUUUCACAUGCUGCCAAAUUGUAUCCGAAUGCUUGGAUUAUUAUGAUUAUUAUUGGUACUUUGAAGGGCAAUGGUGCUGGUUUUACAAAACUAUUUGAGCGUUUAAUACGCGGUGCUUGGACUCCAACGGCCAUGGAAUUUAUGCAACCUUCUUUCUACACAAAGGCUUCCCUUUUGGCUUCCAUUAUCUUCGUUUUGGAUAAGAAAACUGAUUGGAUUUCCGCUCCUCAUGCCUUGGUCUACUUUGGUAUUGUGAUUUUCAUGGUCUACUUUAAAUUGUCCUCGAUUUUGUUGGGCAUACACGAUCCCUUCUUGCCGUUCGAAAACUUGUGCUGUGCCAUAUUCUUUGGUGGCAUUUGGGAUAGUUUGGCUAAGAUUUUGGGCCGCGGCCAAGCCAAAGAAGGUGAAGGCAAAGAUGUUAAAAAGAGCAACUAAAAGACUUGCAUUACUCAGCAAAUUACUAAUAUGUUAACAACUGCAGCCUAACAACACAACAGGCCAAAACGAAAACGAAGUCGAUUUGAAUUUAAAACAUGUUUUAAUUUUUUUAAUUUUUUGAAAAACGAAAACGAAAUGCAACACAAAGAAGCCACCUAUCCUAACAACCAACACUUUAAACGGACAUCUACGAAUUUGUUUCUUUUAUGAAAAAAAACCAUCAAACAUUUGGCCAUUUGUUUUCUUAUAUACAUAAUUCAUAAUUUUCAUGAAUUGAUUUUAUUUUAAACUAGUCGUAUUAUUCAUAAGUCCAAAGUCACUCUUAUUAUUUAGUAGCCCAGUGGGUGUGUGCUUAUUAAAUAAUGACUGGUGACUUUGCAACACUUUUUUUUAAAACCUAAAAUUUUAAUUUUUAUCAUCAUAUCAUCAUUAAUAUUUGCAAUUUAUUAAAUACGCACAAUUGCUAUUUUAAACAAAAUAAUAUUUUAACAAUUAUUUUUCCUUUUAAUAGAAAUACUUUCUAAUGCGUAUCAUUUUGUCAGUUAAUUGAUAAACAUUUAAUUGUAAUUAAACAUAUAAUCAAACAUACAAACAUGCAUAUUUACUAAAAAAAAUAGAACAGACUUUAGUGUUUUAAACAAAAAACAAUACCAAUGAUCAUUAAAUGAAAUGUUAUGAUAUAAACAAAUUAUUUCUAAAAUUAAAUUAUUUUAUUCUUUUUUUUAAAUUAGAUUUUAAGUGAUGUUUUUUUUAUGAAAUAACAAAAAUAAAGUGCAAUGUAUUUGUAUGUACUUGUGAAUUAUAAUUUAAUUGUAUGGUACUUUUAAGAAUGAGCAAAAUAAAACAACACCUUUUUGAGAUACAAACAAA